AUGUGCCAGCACGGCGCUUGCUCCUUCCGUCCGGCUCAAGCCUACAAUGAACGAAAAUUUGACCGACCACCGGUGCUUCUGAUCGAUAUCAAGUCGCCAUGCAUAUUCGGCGUGUUGUUUUUGAGCUCUCCGUUUGGUGAGCUUUUCCGUGAGUGUGAGCGGCAGUUCUUCUCAGCUGCUGGCACUCUGCCCGCUCCGACUCCCCCUUACAAGCCUUCUUCUUCUUCUGAGCUUGCGCCGAAAUUAGUUUUGUUCGAAUUCCGUUUUUAAAUUGCAUCUCGUCGUCUUCUUCUUUGUCUGUAGAGGUUGUUUUGAAAGUAUUUUCUGAAGUUUUACGCAUAUUUUUUUUUUUCACCUCGCUAUAUUAAUUAUUUUCACAUAAUUUUUGGCCUAUCAUUUGAAGACUCAACAUUUUUUUCCCAACCUUCAUUCAACUUCUUUGCUUCGCAACCGAUAUUAGUUUCACUCAUUUUUUUAUUUCUUUUUUUUUUACUCACAUGUUUCCUCCGAAUUUUUUUCAUAAACUUCCAUGCGAAAUCUCUUUUUCUGUAUAUUUUAUGUUUUUUGACCCGUCUAAUUGAAGAUCAUGCAACAGAACGCAAACAAAGCUGUGAAUCUCAUAUUUAAGCUCAUUUUCAGUUUCAACGAUAUUUUGCAAGUUCCGAAAAUACUGAAAUCAUUUUUAAUAUGAACUUAUCUCUUUGAAAAUUCCUAGGUUUUUUCUCAUUUCAUAGUAAUUUUUCCGCGUUUUAUCAACCUGUCAAAAAAUUUAAAAGUUAACUACUAGAAAAUUGGAUUGAAUAAAUGAACUGAAAACUUAAAGAAACCCCGAAAAUAUGGAAGAUGUGGAGCAUCCGACCGAAAAGCCAGCUGUUGUUGUGAGUGGCCCAAAUCGGCAACUCAAAUUUUGUCCCUUUUUCGCUUUUUUUCUUUUUUCUUGUUUUGUUGCUUCCGUCCGCGUUGUUCAGCUUCCUUGUAAUAUUGGCAAAAUUGAGUUUAUCUUGUUCGUGAUUUGGUCGCUUUAAAUUGAGAAUAAAUUGAGGGUGAACAAUCCUGUGAAAAUACCAAUUUUUUUGCUUUUUAGUCUCAUUUUUCUUACUUGUAACUUGAUAUUUAAUAAUGAUCCAUAAAAGGUAAAUUUCAAAGUCCCCCUAAGGAGAUAGUUAGCUUUACCCGCCAUUUCGAUCCCAAUAGUUUCUAUUCAUCAAAAAAUUGACAAAAUCCUUCGAAGCAAUUGAAGAUUAUUUCAAGCUCCGGAUUCUUACGCGUUUACGGUCGAAAACUACUUCAUAGAGAAAAAAAGCUAAUUCUCAAAAUUUAACUGUCUAGAGCCAAAACGAGUUAGACGUUAUCUAAUUUUGAUAAAACUUCGUUUGAAAGAUUUCUAGAAAAUUUGUGCUUGCAGCUUUGAAAACUUGGGGAAAAAAUCUUAUUGUAACUUCAUUGCUUCUCAAGCUUUCUCUCAAUAAAAAAAAAUUUUUUCGUAGUCAAUUGAUGGAUGGAUUGAAACUUGCAGAAAUAUUCUUCUGAUAACAGAUAACAAAUGUUUUUUCAUGCGCUUUCUAGUCGAGCUAUGACGCUAUGAAAAGGCUCAAAUUCAAAAUUUCUCCACAGAGUUCAUAGAGCAUCAACUUUAGGUCUAACAUUUUUGGCUUUAAGAUAGAAGCGGCAAAAAAACCUUUCUAAUGUUGAUUCAAUUUAACCACCGGUCAAUAGAAACCUUUUGGUUUCAGCCUAAACAUUUUGAAGUUUUUUCAGGUGUGAGGAUAAAUGCCGAAAUCGAAAAUUUGCUUUUCUAGUGAUAACGUUCGUUUUUGUGAUUAGAAAUGACUUCACUUUAUCUGUGCAAAUGAAAAGAAGCAGCCUCUGGUAUGAUCAUUAUGUAUAAACAGCUCUGCUUGGUCAAUUUUUUUCUUGAGAUUUUGUUGAUUUUUUCAAAGCAUAAGUCACAAAAAACGCUUUCUGACAGCUUAUCAAUGUUCUCGUGUUCAUGGCUAAUAUCGUGAUCGUUUUUUUCAAUGUUUGAAAUUGUUUGACGGUUUUAUUAAGGUCUGGAUAGAAGGUCAAGUCCACACGAUGAUGAACGGACGCGCCGUCCGUUCAGUACUCAUUCGUAAUAAUCGUCAAGAAAAUGGAUCCGUCGAUCAUGUUAGUUUCUCUUUUAUAGUCUUCGAAGAAGCGAAGAGUUACGCGUUAAUUUUUUUGUCACGUAAAUCCUUUUUCGAAAUUAAUAGUUUUGUAAUAAGAUGUUAUUCAAAAGCUUAAUUCUCACGUCUCUGUAUGUGUACUUUGAAGAAUCAUGAUCUGGGUUUUAAUGAGAAAAAAAAAUUUUAAAAUAUUACUAAAAAAUUGCUAAAAUCGAUCAGAAGCCCCUUCAACCUUUUUACCAUCUCACAUAGUAAAAAAGAAUUUUAGGUUCCACGAUCAAUACAGUUUGAUGAAAGUUCGGACGAGUACAGAUGUCUUUGCAACUGUUUUCACGUGAAGACGGGUGCAUUCAUCAUCGGAUGUGUUCACAUCAUAAUGAUCCUUUUCUUUCUCGUCCACUCUUUAUUCGUCUACUUUCAACACGACGGACGCCUUCAGGAGGUUUGUUUCAGAGUUGAUUGGAAAAUAUGAACUUAGGAGCUCGGAUUAAAAGAAGAUGGUGUUUUUUUCAUUUUUUUUCCAAAUUUUUUUGGAAAGUGUCUGGAAUGAAUAAUAGAACAUUUCCGAGGUUUGACUGAAAUUUUUUUUCUGUUGUGAUAAGAUGAAAAAUAAUUAUCUUUAAAGGCUGUUUGAGAAGUUGGAGAACUGUGCAUAACGUGAGGCUCCCAAUUCCGAGUCAUAGAAAAUUGUGUCCCUUUUAACAGAAAUAAAAGCCUAAAAAUACAAAUGUGGACAUUUCGUAGAAUGUGCUCAAAAUCAUAAACGAAGGCUUAAAUCAUACUCGGGACUUGGGGGAAUUCUAGCUGAAGCGAAGAUACUCAGAGUAUCAUAAAAAUCUUCUCCGAAAACAAAAAGAAAUGAGCUUUUCCAAGAAGUAAAAAACUUUUACUGAGAAAAUUGUUCUAGUCGGAAUUCGCGAUUCCCUGCAAUUAAAUCCAAGUUAAAAAAAGGGACUUUGAAGCUUGCAAUUUCAAAAAUGGUCUUUUUGCUGCGAGGAAUCUUGAAGAUGUUCAUCUACAGCAUAAGACAAGUUUUUUUUCAAGUUUGAAAAAAAUAAAACGAUUUUUCUCGUUUCUUCCAUCUUUUUUUAUCUAGACUAUCCUGAAAAUCCAAAAAAUUUAAAAAUAAACUCGACGGUUAACAUUUCUCGAGUUUUGAAAUCUUUUGCUUCAUUUUUUUUCGCGGAGCUUAACGUUUUCAAUUUCAGGCCAGAGGAGUCAAGGAAAAUUACGUAUUCGGAUCCUUCUUAGCUGAAAUGAUCGGAUUAGCAGCUGGUACUCUAGCUGUUUUUCUUCUUUUCGUCGCGCUUUCUAGGAAUUCGGCUCUUUUAGUAGUUCCUCAUAUAGUGAUGCAGGUAACUUGAAAUAGAAAAACAGAAAAUGAGAUGUUUUUUUUUCAGGUGGUAGCGAUUUUGUGUUUCAUAUUGGUACUGGUCAGUGGCGCGAUAGCCGUGAGCACAGAUUCUGCCGUCUUUUAUCGGUUGAUAAAUGCUGCGCCUUUUAUGGAACAUCCUUCGAACAAUACUGUCGCUUUGGAUACAGGUUUUCUGUUUUGAUCUUUCGAUAUAAAAAACUGAGAUAACUGUGGCAUGCUGCCAAUGCAAGCUCUCGCUAUAAAAUCUAUUCUAAUGCGAAAUAAAUAUACCCUUCAAAAAUUUAUCUGGCACGAAUUCUUUGUUUUUCUUAAAAUUUUUGUCGAGUAUUCGUAUCGAUUUCAGGAACGAUGGUCCGGAUAUACUCGAUAUUGGUGAUCUACGCCAUCUGCUUGGCUCUGGAACUGUGGUUCGUCGUCGUCAUUUACAACUGCAACCGAUAUCUCGACGAGAGGAGCGCCUACAUGAAAUAUUGUUUAGCUUUCAGUACUCCAAUGAAAACUCUUUCAGCUCGAUGA